GCCAACAUGUGCCAACAUGGAGACGCCGUGCUCCAUGUGUCCCUGCUGCCUGUUUGCCUCCAGAGGAGCCGAACACACGCAGGAUCUGUGGAAGCUCUCGGAUGAGCCCAGGAGGAGAUUCAUAGUCGGGGUUCUGCUGAGGUGCCGCAGCAUUCCGGUCCUGGAGAACAUCCAGACGUCUCUACGCCUCACCUCGUGGAAUUUGCUGAACUAUUCCCGGUCCAAGAGACAAACUUUACCGGAGUUUUAUGCACGUCUUGACAAGAAAGCCCAGCCUCCACCUCUGGUUCAGGACAUCUGGGACUGGUUCGAUAGGAGUCAGGACUGGGUCCAGAUUCGUUAUCUUUGCCAGCUUUUGUUGCAGUGUGACCCAGAGCUGCUCAGCAUGGCCAAGCACCUGAUUGGCGUGGUUGUGGUCAGACUCAAACAGCAGCUGGAAGCGAAAAGUGUCGGUAGUAAAGAACACGAUCAUGCCAGUGAGAAAGACUCAGCGGACCCGACUCUUACGCCCACACCCAGACCCUCAAAGUCGACUUCUGGACUCAGCAGAUGCCGAGACUUCAUCAGCUGUCUUCCUGCAGACCUGUCCAAGAGGAUUUUGGCCAUGCUAGACGAGCAGACGCUGAAGCGUUGCAUGAAGGUCUGCAAGUACUGGAAGCACCUGGCGGGGGAGACCAUGGAGGAAAUCCGAUUCCGGAAGGCUUACCUGGAGCAGGUGGAGGCCAUGAUGAAGCGCUACAAAGGCAUCCAGUUUGUCGAUCCUUCCUACGCCAGGAUCGUUGACAUUCUGGUGCCGGCUGAGGACCACGAGGAGGAGGCUGGUAAAGCUCUGAAGGACUGGCCUUUCCAAGCCGCCUACGCCAACAUCAGAACCACGACGCUGCGAAUGGAGGAGCGUAACAUGUACUGCGGCGCUUAUUUCAGUAGCGUGCUGCUUGACGAAGAAGACCCCCACAGGGUGGUGGACUACAGGGGCGGGCCCUUCCUGAGCACGGCCUCCAAGGACCGCACGGUGCGUCUUUUCUACGUGGCGACGGAAGCCAAGCACGUGGCGCUGAUGAAGGGACACGUGGGAAGCAUCCGCGUGGUUCUGCUCUGCCCCGAGCGAGAACUGGUCAUCACUGCCAGCUGUGACUCCAGCAUCAGGUGUUGGAGUGUGCGGACAGACCAGUGUGUGUUGGUGCUCUACGGACACUCCAGCACUGUCAACUGCCUGGACAUCCACGCUGACAGACUCGUGUCCGGGGCUAAAGACUGCACCGUCAAAGUGUGGAGUCUGCAAACAGAGAAGCAUCUGGAGGAGUUCAACUUCAAGCACCGCAAGUCGGUGCGCUGCGUGAAGAUCACCGCCACCACCGUGUUCAGCAGCUGCGACCGAGGCGUCAUCAAGCUUUGGGACGCCGAGAAAGCAACGCUACUCAGGGUGAUCGACGCCCACCGCUGCGCGGUCCGUUGCAUGUUUGUGGACCGGUGGCACCUCUUAACCGCCGACAUCAACGGGCAGGUGAUGGCCUGGAGCAGCAGGUUUCACACCAAAGGCUGCCUCAUGACCUUCAGCCAUCCAAAGGAGGUGAAGUCUCUGACGCUGGUCUUCCUGAGAGUGAUCACCGGCUGCGCGGACGGGAAGAUCCGCGUUUUCAACUUCCUCACCGGAGAAUGUCUGAGGACCAUCAUGGUGGAGGCGGAAACGGGGCGCAUCAUGUCGAUGCACUUUAGCGAGAACAACAUUUUAGUCAACGCCACUUCCUGCGUCAAGAUCUACCACUUUGCCAAAGUCUUCUGGGAAUACGCAGAGCCGGCGGAGGCCAAAGAGGACGCUCAGGAGGGUCCAUCCAGCUCUGCGGGUGCCCAGGUGGCUGUGCCCACCCACCACGCCCUAAAGAUCAGAGAACCUGAGCAACGGAGACGACCUCCUAAUUGUUCAACGUCACGGGGCAGGGAUGAGCUCAGUGGCAACAACGCCAACAUGCAGCCAAAAAGCCAAAACUCAAAACCUCCCAAUGCGACUAAGCGACUCCCAGAUGGGACUCAUGCAGGUGGAAAAGCAUCCAGGAAGACCACGUGA